AUGAGUAAAGUAGUAGGCAAGCAUCAAUACAGCUUCAUCGCAGGGAGACAGAGCAGUGAUAACAUAAUCAUUGCCCAAGAGGUCAUUCACUCCAUGAAGACCAAGAGGGGUUCUAGAGGCUGGUACUUAGAGAUAAGAGGACAACAUUUAGAAGCUUCUUUAGAGAUGGCAAUAUCAAAGAAAAUUCGUUCAUUCAUGUGGUUGUUCAAUUAUGGUCGAGCUCAUAGUAUGGCCUUGAGGUGUAAAAGAGGCCUUGUAGCGACAGCAACAUGCCCUCUCGGAUGCGAAGAAGACAAAGACUCUAUGUAUUUACUGAGGAGUUGCACCAAUGCGUCUCAAAGAUGGAAGUCAGUAGUUGAUCCGCAUUUAUGGCCUACUUUUCGCUCCUUGCAAGGUGAUACUUACUCAAAUGCGCAUGCCAAUUUCUUGAGAGCCUAUUGGGAUACAAAUUUGAUGAUGAAUUGCAAGUUUUACUCUAGCCUCCGACCUGGAAAAUACUACACACCCCAUAUCCAAGAUAAUUUCGUGAAAUUAGAAGUAGAUGGUUCAGUCUUACAAGAUGGCAGAAGUGGCUGUGGAGGGGCUGUUUGGAGCAGUUAUGACCAAUGGCUAGUGGGAUUCAGUUGUAAACUUACCUCUGUGCCACCAGCAAUUGCAGAACUACUUGGCAUACUUCAUGGUUUGCAACUUUGUUGGGACAAACGCUACAGGAAUAUAGCAAUAUAUACUGAUUGUGUGGAAACCUUGUCUAUGAUUUAUAGAGGCUGUUAA